AUGUACUUGAAGAUCUGGGAUGUUGGGGGUCAGAUCUCCAUGAGACGACUGUGGCAGAGCUACUACACGAGCUGUCAUGCUAUUAUUUUCGUCGUGGACAGCACGGAUGUUGGUCAGGAUCCGGAUAUCACGAGGCUUCCUGCUCGAAGACCUAGCUCUACUGUGACCGCUGCGGCAGCGGGGUCGUCAGCAAAGGACGACAAAGACAAAGAAGAAGAACCUGCAGAAUCGGACUCUACGCCAUUCUCCGCGCGGAUGGUUGGUAUAAAUGCAGCAGCAAGCGAAUUUGGGCGUCUGGACGAAUGCCGUCAGGUGCUGGAGUCGGUAUUACAACAUUCCGACGUGGCGGGGGUCCCGAUUCUGGUGCUUGCUAAUAAACAAGAUCGGGAAGACUGUGUCGAGGUUGUCCGCAUCAAGGAAGGACUGGUGCGGAAGGUGUUCGAGGGGGAAAAGGGCGGCGGUAUUCGUGACAGCCGCGUCUUGCCCAUCAGCGCCCUCUAUGGAUCUGGAGUCCAGGAGGCGGUCGAAUGGGUGCAAAGUCGAGUGAAAUGGAACAAAGAGGGAAGACCCCCUGUGAUGAAAUGA